UGCGCGAAAUCUGAUUAGUGCUGGACACCAUGGAACAUCCUGAUCACUGGAGACCCUUGUGUUUUAAUGCACUUGCUGUGGAUUGGGGUCAUCUGGAGCACAGUGUUAGCCUUGUUCAGGAGCGCUCGUGCUGAAAACACGGUUGUUUGCUUUGCUUAUCUGCAGGCUAACCGAGGAAACUUCACUAGGAAUACCAGUGUGUGUGUGUGUGUUAGUUAAUGUGCAUGCUUCUCUAUGAACUUGUCUCCAUGCACUAAUUGUCCAGACACUGUGUUCGACCAGCAAAGUUAUUUGUUUAUUUUUUUUAUAUGUCAGCUUUUUUGUUUGUAGACUUUGUGUAGUGGCAUGCUCAGACUGUAGACACGGGAUGGUGGGGAAACUGUGUUGCCAACUUUUUUGUUUGUUUGGUUUUCAGGGAAAGUAGGUAAUGCAUGUCCAAAAAGUUAUUAGAAGUCGCCGGAUGACGUCACAGACGUCUGAUUCGCAGUAUUCACUGAUUAUUUUUGCAAAGUGUGACAGGAGUGAGGAAGAUUUUCUGAUGACACUUAAAACAGAACAGAGUUAUCAGAAUAGAGAAUGAUAGAUAGAAUGAUAAUCUUGUUUGAUUGUUUGUUUUUUUUGAGGGGGUGGAUGGGGGCACUCCGGUUUCCUCCCCCAGUCCAAAGACAUGCGCUGUAGGCUGAUAUCACACCGUCCAGGGUGUCCCCCGCCUUGUGCCCCGAGUCCCCUGGGGUAGUCUCCGGGCUCCCCGCGACACUGCGUAGGAUAAGCAGUACAGAGGAUGGAUGGAUGGAUGGAUGGAUGGAUGUUUGGGCACAGCACCACAGACUAUUUAUGUGUUUACAAAAGUCUAAAAGUUUCUUUCCAGAAUGCAGACAAAAUAAAGCAGUUGUAGUGAGCGGUCAGAGAAAUGAUGGAAUGAAAGGAUGGAAUAGCUCGCUUUCAUUACUUGUAAAUAUCACCAUGGUGAGAGUUUAAAAUGAAGAACAAAGGAUUGAAUGGGUGGGAAAAACAAUAGUGCUCAGUGAUCGGUAUUUGGGACCAGUGGUGAUUAGUGAUUAGUCAUUAUCAAACGAAGGUCUUCAGUGAUUGUUGGGAACAAUGGUGAUCAGUGAUUGUUUGUUGGGAACAAUGGUGAUCAGUGAUUGGUUGUUGAGAACAAAGGUGAUCAGUGAUUGGUUGGUGGGAACAGUGAUGAUCAGUGAUUGGUUGGUGGGAACAGUGAUGAUCAGUGAUUGGUCAUUGACAAACAGUGGUGAUCAGUGAUUGGUUUUUGGGAAUGGCUCAUGCAAGCGCAGCUUAGUCAGGCUUUACACAGUGCUCUCAACUUGUUUAACCAGCAGCUGUGAUGUGAGCAGGAGCGCCAUAUCAAGUACAGCGCAGUUACGAAUGUCUGCUUAAAAAGAUGCAAGAUUUGUCACUAGGCCAUUUAAAAUUUUUUUAAAUAAAGUCACUAAAGUGGUCUAAAAUUCACCAAAUCUAGUGACAGAGAUUUUAUUUUAGCAACACUGGGCAAAAGCACAGUAAGAGGGGACUGCAGGUGCAGAAUAUCUGAACUGUUCCCUGGUGCAAAAUGAUCAAUGAUGGCUGCUUAAUGACAUUACAUGAUUGCCUUCAUAGUUGUUCUUGCAUGAACUGCACAGGAGUGAUAAAGUUUUCUGAGAUGGGGUUCGAGGUGAGAGUUCGGGUGAUGAUGUGGGGCGACGAGGCUGUGUUUAAGGCUGGCGGCUGCCACCCUGUGCCACUCAUAUGAUCAAACCCUUCCUUCGGUCAGAAACUUGAGCGUUCUUUAAGAGGGGAAAGUUGGAUUGAAGUUGACUGUUGACUUACACUGUACAAAUUUCGGCCCUUAUUAUUCAAGCUCACUUUGAAGAAUGUUUAUUUAAGCCUGUUGUUUGCAUUAGCACGUUAUCUAACCAGCAUAAGGGGAAAAAAAACCUAAUUGGAUUAUUGCAAUUAUCUAACCAGUGUAUGAAAAAAAAGUUUUUUUUAUCACACUUCAUUAUAUUAUACCAACAGAACAAUAUCAAUAUUUACUAUAACCAUGUUUAUUUAUAUGCAAAUCAUGUGUAUAUUUAGUUUAUUGUUAAAUAUAGUCAGAAUUAGACUGUAAAUAAAUGAAUAAACAUCUCACCACAUGAAGCAAACCAAACAGACCUUUAAGCCCAGGGGCAGCAUUAGGAAUUCGCAGCCCUCUCACAGAUCUGUCUGGACUUGUUGGAAUCUGCAUGGACUAAAAUGAAAAGCCUAAAAGCGAAGUUCAGGAAGACUGAUACCAACGAAUGGAGCAAAAAUGAUGAGCGUCUCCUGAGCGCUGUGGAGCAUGGAGAGACGGAGAAGGUCACCUCGCUCCUGGCCAAGAAAGGAGCCAGUGCCACCAAACUGGAUGGCGAGGGCAAAUCAGCUCUGCAUGUUGCAGCGACUCGGGGUCAGGCCGAGUGUCUCGCCAUCAUCCUGGCCCAUGGAGCUGAUGUGUCUGUAGUGGACGCUGCAGGUUUUAGUGCUUUACACCUAGCUGCCAAAAACAACCAUCAGGAAUGUGCCAAAAAACUCAUACAGAGUAAAUGUGUGUUAGAUGCUCUGGACAGCGGUGGGAGGACUGCUCUUCAUCACGCAGCUGCUAAUGGAAACGUUGUGAUUGUUCAACUCCUGUGUGAGCACAAGUGUCCUGUGAAUUUGAAAGAUAUGGACGGAUUCACACCGUUGCUGUUGUCAGCGAGACAUGCCCACACAGAGGUCUGUGGCAUCCUGCUGGACUGGGGAGCCAACAUCAACGCCUGUGACAGGAAUGGCAGGAGUGCUGUCAUGCUGGCUGGAGAGAGCAGCUGCGUGGCAGCUGUGGAGCUUCUCGUGCACAGGGGAGCUGACCUACGCCUGCUCGACUCACUAGGACACGAUGUGCUGCACUACGCCAAGCUGUCGGGCAGCGCCGAGGUCCGAGCUGUCAUCACCGCCGCCCUGCAGCGCCACCCAGCCGAAUCAGCAGAUAAGAAUACACCCAGAAGCCAGCAGCAUGAUCACACGGCUAAGCUAAACGAUGAGAGGAGCACAACCCCAAAAAAACGAAAAGCACCCCCUCCUCCUAUUAGCCCUGUGCAGUUGCUGGAUGUCAUGUCUCCACCAUAUGUGACCCCGAAUGAAACUCCGGUGUCAAGUAAAGGUGACAAGAGGUUCAAUUACAAGGAGGAGGAGCUGAGGAGUUUGUCGCUGUUGAGAGAAGAGAUCGAGAAGCUCCAGGAAGAGAAGAGCAUGCUGCUGGAGACCAUUGAAGAUCUGAAGCAGAUUAUGGAGCAGACUGAGCCCAAGACUGAACGCUGUGAAAACUCAGCAUUGCUUGCAGCCCUUCAAGCCAAGGUGGCCUCACUCUCAUUGGAGAACCAGCAGCUUGCCCAGAUCAUCAAGAAGCGUCCACCUCCUCAAGGUGAAGAAGGCCAGGAGGACUCACGCCCAAACAGUAUCGACUCCAACAUAUCAUACCACUCCACACGUGCUGAAUUUGAUCUCUCCAGUGAGCAGGAGCUCUCUGAGGUCUCAGCUUUUAAGCAUGAAGAAGUGAGCGAGCCCACAAAGGUAGUGUAUGAGGAAGAAAUCGCGUUGCUUAGGGAUGCGCUGCAAAGCCUGCAAGUUGAACUGGAUGAGUCAAGGCUGGAGAACCGCUCCCUACAGGCCAGACUCGAGCUCAACUCUCAUACAGGGGAAAUUAGAAAUCAAGGCCUGUCUGAAAGCACAGCCGAGCUCAAGGCCAAGCUGGCAGACAUGCAGAAAAAGCACCAGGAAGUGGUGUCAGAGCUGGAAACCCUCCGGAUGGAGAGGUCGAGAGUGGCACCUGCAGGAUCUCCAAGCCAAGAUGAUCAAGUACUACAAAAGUUUCAGUAUUUGAAAGGCUGUCUUGAGCAGGAGGUUAAAGAUCUGAAGACAAAGCUGGACAAGUUGCAGGAAGAGAAGACGCAUGACGCCCAGUUGAUAAAAGAACUGGAGGCUCGACUCGAGAGUGAGAGUCAGGAACUGAAAAACUCCUACAGCAUCCUGGUGGAGAACAUCAAUCAGGAGAAGGCUCUGUUGAUUGAGAAGUACGAAGAGGCUCAGGAUGAGAUCAAGAUGCUUCAGGAAGCCCUGCGUGGCACCGUGUCCGUCGAGGCUGCCGCUAAAGACUUUGAUGAGAUGAAGGCAGAGAUGGGCGACAUUAUUGAAGGACUCCAGAAGCGAUUGUUGGAGCUCUCGAAAUCCUACAGCGAGGCAAAAAAUGAACUUGCAGAAGCCCGAACCCAGCUCCAGGCCAAAGCCUUGGAGACCAAGCAGCUAUCACAGGCAGUAUGUUUGACUAAAGAGCAGCAUGAGGAAAAAUUGCAAGAGCUGACACUUAAGAUGAAGGAUGUGCAGAAUUCGUCAAAGGACACUGAAGUCAAGUAUCAGUCAGCGCUGAAAGAGAUUUCACAACUCAAACAGGAUGUGGAAAUUCAGGCCAAGUCCUCAGUGAGCAUUGCAGACCACACUCAGGUCGUGGCCUCAUUAGGAACCGCCAUCAAGAACUUAGAAUCCGAGGUAGACGUCCUUAAACAACAGCUCACGCAGAAGACCUCACAGCUGGACGCCUUACAAAACAGACCUGCUGUGGAGAAGGACACGACUCCAAAUGAUUGUGUUUCCAAAAUGGAACAUGAGCAGAUGAGAGAGUCCCUGGAGCGCAAGAUCAAUCACCUCACCCAGCUUCUUCAGGAUGCUCUGAGGAAGCAGGAUGAGAUGGCACUAGAGGUGACUGCUGCCUGGCAGGAGGUGAAAGAUGGCAAGAAUGAGAAAGAGGCAGCGCAGAAGCUCGCUGUAGCGAGAGAGCAGGAGAAUAACGCGCUGAGCGGGAAGUGCAGAGAGGCUCAGGAAGCCAUUACACAGCUUAAAAAGCAGGUGGAAAAUCAUGUGAACUCAGAAAGAGAGAAGAAUAAAAAGAUCGAUGAUCUGUCAAAAGAGGUGGGGAAGUUGAAGGAGGCCCUGAACAGCUUGUCCCAGCUCUCAUACACAACAAGCAGCCCGAAAAGCAGACAGCAGAGCCAGCAGGUCGAUUCUCUCCAACAGCAGAUCAAGCAGCUGCAGUACCAACUGUCUGAGUCUAAAAAGAGGCACCAUGAAAUUGUUUCCGUGUACAGAAUGCACCUCCUCUACGCUGUUCAGGGUCAGAUGGAUGAAGAUGUACAAAAGGCCCUGAAACAAAUUCUGGUGAUGUGUAAAAUACCAUCGGAAGACAAAUGAUGGCACUAAUGUGUUCCUCAGAGCCUGACUAAAUAACAGUGGUAUAGGAAACUUGCACUUGUAUUGAGAAUUUGUCUGGAUUAAAAGGAAUCGUCAGUCCUUCCUACAUCUCUGGGG